UUUGCCGCGGCACCAGCGGAGAGAGGAUCCCGAGCGGCAGCCGGGGAAUAUACAAACUCCUCUUCAGCCUAUGGAUAUAGACUCGCUCCCGUCCGCUACUGCGCUCAGAGUUUGAUCUCAGACGUUUGCCCUCUGCCCAAGGAAGAAAAUGAAAUCCGCCGAGGAGGAUGCAUAUGGCUACACGCCAAAUGUCAGUCUCUCCCUCCCACUGGGCAACCCUUGUCUUCCUUCCCAGUACCACAGCCUCCAGUCCAGCCCCACCAUAUCCGUCUCCGUCACUGAGCCUCAAAGCUAUGACACCCAGGAUGACAUGAGGGCGGCCGGCUACUACUCGUCCUCAAACAUGCGCCCAAACGGGGCGCCGACCCUGGAGAGCCCCCGUAUCGAGAUCACGGCGUACGGUCAGUUUCCUGAGGAUGAGGUGGAGGAGAGCAGCCUUCCUGUGGCCAAGCGAGUCAACUCCAUAGUGACACUGACCCUCCCCAGUGCAGAAGGUUACCGUGACCCCAGCUGCCUGAGUCCGGCCAGCAGCAUCUCGUCUCGCAGCUGCCAUUCUGAGGCUUCCUCCUAUGAAUCGGGCUUCUCCUACAACUACGACAACUCGCCCCAGAACUCCCCGUGGCAGUCUCCGUCCGUGUCCCCCAAAGGCUCCACCCUCGCCCUGCCAGGCGAUGGCUGUGCCACGGGCGGCUCCCCUCGCCACUCCCCCUCCACCUCUCCCCGCACAAGUGUAACAGAUGAAACCUGGAUAGGUCAGCGUGGCUCCAGGCCCAACUCCCCUUGUGGUGCAAAGAGGAAGUACAGUUUCAACGGCAGCGGGGCGCCGCACAAGCACUACCCCUACUCCCCCAACCACUCCCCUGGACCGUCCCCGCAGUCUUCCCCCCGCCUCAGUGUCACCGAGGAGACCUGGCUUCCAAACACCAACCAGUACACCAAUUCAGCCAUCCUGGCAGCCAUUAAUGCCUUGACCACGGAUGGAGUGGCUGACCUCGUGGAGGGAAUCCCCACGAAGGCCCGGAAAACCAGCAUGGAGCACAGCGCCACAGUCAGCCUGAAGGUGGAGCCGGGUGGUGAGGAGCUGAGUCCGGUGCAGCUCUGCGAGGACGAGCACCCCUCCAGCCGCCUGUCGUUAAAGAAGGAGGGCUACUGCGGCGGGUUCCUGGAUGUGCCCCAGCACCCAUAUUCCUGGUCCAAGCCAAAGCAGUACAUAAGCCCGUCCCUGCCAGCGCUCGACUGGCAGCUGCCGUCCAGCUCGGGGCCGUACAGCCUGCAGAUUGAGGUGCAGCCCAAAUCCCACCACCGAGCCCACUACGAGACAGAGGGCAGCAGGGGAGCGGUGAAGGCCCUGGCGGGAGGACACCCAGUCAUUCAGCUCCACGGCUACAUGGAGAACGAGCCUCUCACCCUGCAGCUGUUCAUUGGCACAGCUGACGACAGGCUGCUGAGGCCCCACGCCUUCUACCAGGUCCACCGCAUCACCGGGAAGACAGUGUCCACCCCGAGCCAUGAGGCUCUGCACAACAACACCAAGGUGCUGGAGAUCCCGCUGCUGCCAGAGAACAACAUGCGGGCCAUAAUCGACUGUGCGGGGAUCUUGAAGCUGCGUAAUUCAGACAUUGAGCUGCGAAAGGGGGAGACCGACAUUGGACGAAAGAACACACGCGUGCGGAUGGUUUUCAGAAUUCACAUCAACCAGGCCACAGGGAGGACGGUGUCCUUGCAAGUUGCGUCCAAUCCCAUUGAGUGCUCCCAGAGAUCGGCCCAGGAGCUGCCGCUAGUGGAUAAGCAGAGCUUGGAGACGUGUCCCGCCCCCGGAGGGGAGAGGAUGCUCCUUGACGGGCACAACUUCCAGCACGACUCCAAGGUGGUGUUCGUGGAAAAGGCUCAAGACGGUCACCACCUCUGGGAGACUGAGGCCAAGGUUGAGAGAGACGCGUCAAAGCCUAAUUCGCUCCUCGUUGAAAUCCCUCCAUAUCGGAACCAGAGACUCUCCACCCCUGUCCACGUGAACUUCUACGUCUGCAACGGCAAGAGGAAAAGAAGCCAGUACCAGCGUUUCACCUAUGUCCCCGCCAGUGUUCCAACAAUAAAGAUGGAGCCACAUGACGACUACGAUGCCCCACUGGUGUGCACCCAGCAUAGUUCCACCCUGUCCUUGCACACGAAGCCAUACUUCCCCCCACAGGUCAUGACCCCGAUGAUGACCUCUGACCUCAGGCCGUGUGUUGUUGGCGGGGCGUACCCUGUCAGCCCGCAGAGACUGACAGCCAAGCCUUCCUCACUGCCCUCCUCUUCCUCCCCAAGCACCAGCCCCAAACUUCACGACCUGUCGCCGUCGCCCUUCUCCAAGUGCCUCCCUGCCGGCCCAGCGGUCCCACACCAGGGCCCCCAGUCCCCGAUCCCUCACGUCUCCAUCAUUCAAGAGACUCCCGGGCGCUACCAGCUGCCCAGCCUCUACCCGGCCAGCAGCUCCUCCUCGUCCCCGACCUCGCAGCCCUCCACCCCGACUGACGCUCCCUUCUCUCCGGCCCACUGCAUGACACCAGCCCAGCCGGCCAGCGGCAGCACCAGCCCAGGAGCCCAGCAGCACCCCAAAGUGCCAGAAAGAGGGCGGUCCUCCCUGCAGGAGGACGGCAGCCCCCCGACGCUGGCUGUCAGCAUCAAACAAGAACCACAGGAGCUGGACCAGAUGUACCUCGAUGAUGUCAACGAGAUCAUCAGGAACGACCUGUCAAGCAUCUCCGUCCACAGCCAUGCGUAGUUUCCCGUCACCUGCAAAACUGACACAGGAAACAACAAAAACAACAACAACAACAACAACAACCAAAAAUGAAAAAAAUUUAUAAAAGGGAAACGCCAAACAAAAUUGACUCAGUGCUUUGCCUGCUUGGACUACAGCGCGCAAGAAGCAGCAGAGGGAAAUGCAAGGAGAACAAAUGUAAAUGUAUUGUCCAGAUGACCAGGGUCCAAUGUGUGCCUUGUUUUUCAUAUAUAUUGCCUUUAUGCAGAAAGUAUCCAAGGAAAUAAAUCACAUGACUGACUUUUUUAAAACAUGUAAACUGAGUAUGUAGCAACCAAACCUGCCAUCCCAAGCCCCCGCAACAAAGUACGCUUUUAGAGGACCAAGAAUUGUUUUAUAUGUCUUUUUUGCUGCAGUUUGUAAAUGAUUCAGUGCCUAUGUCUUACGUAAUUUGUAUAUACAGUGUCUGUACUGCUUCAGUUUGCAUAUCUGGCCUUACAGAGAGACAAUCUAACAGAGAAGUGCCUUCGGCUGGAAAUGGAAAGAUGUGGCUUGAGUUUGGCUUGAGAAGUUCAACCUCAAAAUUUGAAAUUAAAGAUUUUUUUAAAGCGAGAUAAUGUAACUUUUGCUGAACAGUGGCUACUGCGGCCACAAGCGACAAUUAUGGGGUAAUGGUAAAUGCUAAGAGAUAUUGUAACACUAGCACAAAUGGAGAAUAGUCAUAAAGUGAGCAAACUGACUAAGCAAUGUCCAUUAUACAGUAAUAUCUGUUUAAAGUUUGCUAACAUUAGCUAACAUUAGCCACCAUAAGCUACUGGUCAUACCAGACCGAAUAAGGUUCUAACAGCAAAACGUCUGAGUGUAUUGAAUUGAUGAAGGGUUUGUUUUAUUUCUUAUGAGUUCAACUUUUCAUUUGUAAACAGGAGAAAUUUCAAAAGGUUGCAUGGUCUUGCUUUAAAUCCUGUUUGGUUAGCAUGUCUGUAUGGAAAUUAUAUAAGACAAGAUAAAGUUACUAUUAAUAAAACUGAAUACAUUUUCUGUAUUCACAACCAACAAUGAGCACUUAACCACUAAACCUGUGGUAUUAAUUGAAGUUUUUUUUUUUUUUUUUCCUGUUAUGGAAACAAGUUACUGUCACUUGAAAUCAAGCGGCAACGGCAAAGCUUUUCAGUUGAUAUGUUUCCCAAACCUCGAAAGAAAGUUAUGCUUUUAUGCAAUCUUACAGCACAAAAAACAAACAAACUGUGUAGUCCCAAGACAUUGACUCAUUUAGUGUCAUUUUCGAGAUAAAAAAUAAUGUGGACUGCAUACUGACUUGAAAAUAACACGAACUCUGGAGUAAUCUGUUGGCUACAGUAAAACUAGUUGGACUUUUAUCAAAGAAAAGAAAAAAUCAUCUCAGUUUUGACAAAGCUUGACUUUUAUUACUCCCUGGAAGCUAUGCAACAUGCAGGUAGCAUUAGUCUGUCAAAGAAUGUAUACAAUCAGCGGUGUACCUGAGAGGGUCUGUAAUCCAAAGAAUACUUAACAACGGUGAACAGCAAUACAAAUAUAUAAAUCUUUAAUGUUUGUCUUUGUAUUUUUCAUAUUUAUUCUCUCAGCAUGUGCUCUGUUUAUCCAUGUUAAUCAUACAGCUUCUUCUACAUGGUUACCUACAUACUGUGGUUUAUGUACUAAUUUGUUUGCGCUCUCAUAAAACUGAAUUGGCUUACACACCUGUUCCCAGUUUUAUAUGUAUUUAUGAGUCUUAAUCCAUGUUACUGAAGGGCAUGAAAGAAGCCAUACUGAAAUGUUUACCGAGGAGGUUAUUGUUAGUCUGUAACGCUUAGUUCUGCUUUGUGAUCUAUUUUGUGUACUUGUCAAUA